AAAUGAGGCAAAAUAAAUAAUCCUACCAAAAUCUUGUGAAAGAUGGAAGCCUAAUACUUUGUUUAUAAAAAAUUUUGAAAAAAAAAAAAUUAUUUACCACCAAUGAAAAAAAAAAGUAAAAAAUAAAUAAAUAAAGUUCAAGAGUAUUUUAUUUCGUCCCUCAAAAAUUCCCUUUUUGGCAUUACAAAAAAGAUAGACCAUAAAUAUAUUCAUGAAAAAGGCAGCACUUUCAAUAAGACAAGAAAAUAGAUAUAAACAACCAAUGCAGCCACAUAUUUACAUAUACCCACUCUAUCCUCAAAAUCCCCACUAAACACCACAAAAUGAUUUUAUCAGGCUGUAUUUCCAUAACCAAACCUGUUAUCACUCUUGCUUCUCUCUCUCAGAAUUCUUCUAAGCACACAGCACCCCGGAACCCUUCAAAGAUUACUCCUCCAAAAUCAAGCCACAAUCCGCAAAUUCAGCCCUCUAUUGCGGAGAUAGAACGAGCCAUUGGUGCUGGCAAAUACCGCGAUCAUGAUCCUGCUAGUAUAAGUGAUCCUGCAGAGAAGAAUAGUGUGUUCGAUGCAGUAUUAUCGAAUUCAGUAGGAAAGACAGAGGGCAAAACUGAACGAGCACUACGCGAAACUGGAGAGUGGAUGAAUGAACAAACUGAGAGAGCUGCUCGGUCAUCUGGAAAGAAAAUUUUAGAGGUUAUGUUUUUUUGGAUUGCACCUGCUUGGUUCCUCUUGUUCUUUAUUGCUACCGGUGCUGUUAAGUUACCUUUUACCUCUCCUGUUCUUGAUGACUUUCUCAUGUAAAUAUGAAUUACACAUUUUCUUUAAUACUAUAUCAUACCAUCAUAUAAAGAGAUUGCAAAUUGUGACAAAACUCGACAAUACGAUCUGAACUCUAUCAGUAUUUACUGAGAGACACAAAGCCAGCAUGAUGCAUAUACAAAUGAACUCUAAUUUGACUUGAUUUUUGUGCUUAUCUUACUUAUUGUUCUUUCAUGGAAUUUAAACUACGAAAGCUUAGAAACUUACACGUGUUCGGAGGCAAUUUGGCACUUGCUGCAUACAACUAAUAGUUCAGGGAUGCCUCUCAUUCCGCAUGUCUGGCACACACUCAUUCUUUCUGCAACCAACACUAUGAUUUAAGGCAUAAGAUAAGGCAUCAGCAAAGAGUAUUCUAAAACGUGAAGUAUAGUAGAAAUUUCUACCACGUUUGUUUGGUAGACAAAAAUAUUAUAAAGGAAGUUGCAUUGAAAAUCAGGGUUUCCUAAUACAAAUUUUGGCACUUUCUAGAAAAUGGAAUUACUUGGGUAAAAUAGAAACUUUAGAAAUAUUACUUUCUAUGUUCAAUCAAGCAAUCACUGGGAUAUUAGUACGGCUCUUAUUCAUCCCACUUGUAUUGUAUGAUCGGAGUACACAACUGUCAACUGGGCUGAGCCAAUUCAUGGACGGUCCAGUUCGGAUGCUCUUAGUUCAUGUCAAAAUUAGCCCGGCUAACAAGCUGGGUGUUCGAUAAACAGCCUUGCUCUAUGUGGACUGGUCCAAAUAGGCCGUGACCGGUAGCUAGGCUAGGUGUGCUCACUUUUCCUUUCUAGGAACCCCAAAUCUAAAAGAUCUCUUAACAUCUCUCCCUAUAUUAAGAGUAAUUCCUAAAAUUAUGCAAGCUAGCAACUUCAUUCAUUUAAUUCAUUAUAAUGUAGUUCACUUUCAAGAUACAGACCGUACCAGUUUACAUUUAUUACCAAUUUAAUGAGAAUAUCAUCUUCUUGUACUUCAAAUAAAGAACUUGUACAUUGUACUAGCAAGUAAUCCAUGCUUUGUGUCAAAAAAAAAAGAAAAAAAAAAGCAAGUAAUCCAUGCUAUGUUUUGUGUAAAAAAACAUUCAACAAAUAUGUGAGCUUUUAACAGCCACAUUUUCAAUUUAUGGGAUGUUCUUUCUUGCUUGAAUAUGGAUUUUAAGUAUAAUAUAUUCGGGUUGUAAUGAUCAGCCCAAGUAAUUAUAUAAUCUAUUACAAAGAUCUUAGAAAUUGAACUAAAUCCAUAAUUUCCUAUGUUUUAAGUAUUCAAUUUCUAGAUUAAAUACAAGAGAAAUGUAAUUUUACACCCUCUUACAUUCUUCUUUUCAUCACACUUUUUCACAUGUGCUUCUAGUAUGUUAAAGUGAAAGAACGUAAAAUGACAUUCGAGUGUAUGAUGGACCUACCUAAUAUUUUUCACACCUCUUGCAAAUUCUUUGAUCAAACAUGCCAUAAAAAAAUUUACCCAAAUUAUAUUCUUCAAACUUAAACAUUUCAUGAUGUUUGCUUUAAAACAGCUACCCAACUCUUGUAGGUGGGUAAUCCCAUUACCUCUUUUAUAGCAGUUAAAAAAAAAAAUAAAAAAAAUAAAAAAAUAAAAUUCAAAAUGUUCCUAAAAAAUUUGCAAAAUUAGAUAACAAAGUAAAAUAUUCAAGAAGAUUAUGAAGAAGAAACUGACCUUAAUAAAGAAGAAUUGAGCUAGUCUUUCUCUUGGGAACUUUAUUCUUAUGUUUUGUUGCAGCUUAAUAGGAAUUGAAAGAAACAUGAAAAGCAGUUGGAAAUGGCUUUAAAGCUUUCAACUAACCUUAUUUUACAGUAUUAUUGCAAAUUUGUGAGGGACUUACCUAUUAUAUAGUGAGUUAAAAAACUGAAAAUAGUAUGUCUUGCUACAUGAACCACUCGUUUUCCAUAAAUACUUAAUUUUUAUACAGCUUAUGGUAGUAAAAGGCUAAAAGCUGUGGAAGAAUAGAAUAUUGUACUUGUAUAUUUUUGCCUUUUGUGUGUGUGUGUGUUUUUUUUUUUUUUAAUUUUUUUUUUAUCUUUUAUUAUUAUUUUUUUAAUUUGGUAUACAUGGUGCUGUAAAGAGAGUUGUGAUGUAAACAAAAUUUUAUCUCUAAUUGUUUGGUUAACCAAUAAUGCGGGGAAGUUGAAAUUCAUGGGAAAUGAAAUUUUGAGUGGUUGUUUGGUUAGAAUUAAAAGGGAAUAAAAAUUUCUAGGAAUUUUGAUUUCCUACAAAACAUGGGAAUUUAUUUAGCUACUCUCUCCUUGGUCAAUAGAAAUUCAUGAGAAUUGAGAUUUCCUUUAUUGUCAACCAAACAAAUUAUGGCCGUUUCCUAGGAAAUAAAUAAGGUACUUACUUCUCAUGGGUAUAUAACUUCCUUGUGAACCAAACAAGCACUUAAUUCCCUUCUCAUGGGUAUUUUCACAACUUCUCAAAUUCUACUAUGGAGUACCUUUACGGAUCACUAGACUUAAACCAACUAAAUUAAUUAGUUUCACAAAUUGAUUUGAAAUCUCAUCACUUGUCAAAUAGAUUAUACAGUACAAUUUUUUUUACUCAUGAAUUAUUAUAUUUCCUAAUCUCUAAUUUACUUCCUGGAUUUGACCUCUACUUGCCAUUAAAUAAAAUGCCAAUUCAGUUGUUAAUCAAAUCAAAUUUAUAUCAACUAUAUCUGUGUAUCAUAUACAAAAAUUUCUAAUAAUUUGGAUUUCCUGUCAAUAAAAAACUGGAUGAUCACUUGAUCAGCUAAUUUCUUGUAAAUUUGCAUGACUGCAUCCACACAGAUAUCUCCCCUAAACAGAAUUAUUCAGUUAGUAACUUAAAUUGCAUUUAUCCUGCUUAUUCACAUUUCACAGUAACAGUGAUUGUAAACAAUACUACUUGCUUCUGCAUUCGAGGAAGUCUUAACAACAUUGAUCAUACAAGUUACAUGCUAACAACACAAAACACACAAGACUGCAAGUCGAAGCAAAAUCAACCUAUGUAAAAGAAGACUAAACCUUAGAAUAUUUGCUCUGCCACUUCUCCUGAUCUGAAGACCUUUUACAGCAAAAUGAGGUCCAGAAAAUUACGUUAGUAUAUUACAAGGGAAGUAAAAGAUACAAUGAUUCUCGAAUAUCCAUUGAGGAAUUAUGAGAUUAAUUAGUAAAAUGUUUUGCUAAAUAAAGUAAGGAGUAUCCACCAGUAGUGAAAAUAUGAUGAUAGCAAGCACUACCUUAUUAAGAACUAUCUAUGCAAGACUACUUAUGCAAGUUCUUGUGUAAUGUGUUGGGGGUUUCAGGUUCUGCUACAAAUGAUUUCAGGCCUCUGAAUCAAACAAGCAGCAUCGUGUCCCUAACUUGAAAAUUUGAGAGCUUUUCUUACGGUACUUAAAAUUUGUUUUACUGUUACUAACAAGUAACAACACGUUUCAGAAGUAAAAGUUUUUACUGAAACUAAUAGGAAAACCAGUAGACACUUCCCACAAACAAUUUACAGGAGCAUUUUUAUUAAAAAAAAGUUUGUUAUUUCUUAGAAUCAGCAUUAGGGAAUGAAGAGAUUGCUCUUGAAUAAAGCUCUAAUCAGUAGUUUGUUGGCCAAAUUCUUAAAUAUGACAAAUUUCUCACACAAAGUGUACUUAUACUUAGAAAAUUCUUGCAUCAGAAGUUUGAAACAAGUUACCACCAUAGGUUGCCAAACUACAUAGCAGGAAUCAUCAUACAUUACACUGCCAACAUACAGAAUAACAGAAGUAACAAGUAAACUAUUUAAUACAAGAAUUCUAAGCAAUCUGAGUAAUUUUCAAAACUUAAAUCAACCCUUACCAAUGAGUUUUUAAGAUAUAACUUUAGCACCUAAUGUUGUCUUUGCAGGAAAACAGAAGAAUUCUACAAAGACAGGUACUUCAGGUUUCGCUUUAAUAAUAUAUAUUGUCACAUGACCUACUCAUGAAAUCAUGAAGCAAAGAGAAAGCAUGAUGGUACACUAGAUGCAAUCAAAUAGAGGUUCUAGUAGAAAUCGAGAAGAUUCAGAGUUUUUUGUAAACGAUUAUCUUUUUUUACAAUGACUACAUAGACUGAGGAACUGAGCAGCUUUUGAGCUGAAUUAUUGACACUAUUGUUCUCAAACAAAAAAAAAGGGGUUUUUAUCCCCUAGACUAGAAUUCAUGUAGUAAAACUUGAGAAUGAAA